AUGCUAGAGAAAAAUGUAGAGAAAACGGCCGAGUUACGAGGCGGCUGUUGGCGAUUUCUGUCUAAGAGUGAGCUGACGGGUGCUCCAAAGCAAAGAGAAAAAAAUCAAAUUGGACAUAAAUUGAAGAGGAGAAAAAGGGUAUCUGCAAGCUCUUUUUGCAAUUUUAAAGCAUUGGCGAGUCGAGAGCGGAAAAAAAUGUUGAUAAUCAAAAGUGGUGGAAGAAAAGCGAGUAAAAGGGGUUGCAGGCAAGAAUAA